AGAAGCUUCACUCCGAUCGCUCCGACUCGUUUCGUGUCUUGGAGUUGGAAGCCAAGGACACGUUUAACGAUGAUCCCCGUCUCAUGGAUCAAGUGCACGAACCGGUCGGCAGCAAACAGUCCAAAAACUACCAGCGCUUCAGCUCGCAGCUCGGCAGCACCCCCAAUCCGGAUUUGCACCGAUGGAGGAGAAGCUUCUCGGGUGUAAUGCGACGGGAGGAGCCCCUGUCUCCGUGGAAGAGGCGCACUCCGGAUACGUACACCAUGUUCCAGACAAGGUCUCCCAUGUCUAGGCUCAGUUUCAACUCAAGGAACCGCGACACCAGUGCCGCUGCUGCUGCUGCCGCCACCGCCGCCACCACCGCUGCUGCUGUUAAUGGCGAUCCCACCUCACCACGACCACUCGAGGCAAAUGUCCCUGCGGGUCGAUACCUUGAUGCGCUUCAGGGACCCGAGCUGGAAGUUCUCAAGGAGAGUGAAGACUUGCUGCUCCCAACGGACCAGACGUGGCCCUUUUUGCUCCGCUUCCCCAUCAACUCGUUCGGUAUCGUGCUGGGUCUAGGCAGCCAGACCAUCUUGUGGAAGAAGCUGUCCCUCAUGCCUUCGAUGCGCUUCCUUCACAUCCCCCUCCACAUUAACUUCGUCCUGUGGUGUGUCGCCUUGUGCGCCUACACCCUCAUUUCCCUCACUUAUGUAUGCAAGUGCAUCUUCUACUUUGAGGCUGUGAGGCGUGAGUUCUACCACCCGGUGCGCAUCAACUUCUUCUUUGCUCCCUGGGUGUGCGGCAUGUUUCUCACGCUCGGGGUGCCCCCCACCAUCGCCGCCUCCAUCCAUCCCGCCGCCUGGCUCGUCUUCAUGUCGCCCCUGGUGGUGCUGGAGCUUAAGAUCUAUGGCCAAUGGUUGUCCGGAGGGGAGCGGAGGCUGUCCAAGGUGGCCAACCCCGCCACGCACGUCUCCAUUGUGGGCAACUUUGUGGGGUCGCUGCUGGGCGCCACAGUCGAGUGGAAGGAGCUCGCAACCUUCUUCUGGGCCGUGGGCAUCGCGCACUAUGUCGUCGUCUUCGUCACGCUCUACCAACGAUUGCCAACCAACGAGCUGCUGACGCGGGACAUGCACCCUGUCUACUUCCUCUUUCUCGCGGUUCCCAGCACCGCUAGUGUUGCCUGGGAAAAGAUCACCAGCGACUUUGGAUACGUUUCCAAGCUCGUUUUUUUUCUCGGCCUCUUCUUGCUCUUCUCGCUGGUUGUUCGCGUCAGUAUCUUUCGUGGCUUCAAGUUCUCUUUGACGUGGUGGGCAUACACAUUCCCUCUCACGGCUGUUGCCAUUGCCUCGAUUCACUACGCAGUGAGAGAACCCGGCUUGUUUACGCAAGGCCUGGCCACAGUAAUUUCAUUCGUGGCGGUCACUGUUGUCUUCCUUUUGUUUGUCUUCACUCUCGUCCAUGCGUUUGUGUGGAGGACACUCUUUCCGAACGACAUUGCCAUUGCAAUCACGCGCAAGAAGCGCAGAGGCAAGCCCGCGAGAAAGAACAUCCUACAUAGCAGUGGUUCAUUCGACAAAGAAACGAACCAGGCCAUGGAGGACAAUUCCAAGACCCGCAGAGUACCUUCUGUAACAAUUUCGGUCGGCUGUAGCUAGGUAAUAAGAAUAACAAGAACAUGUUUACCUA